CGUUUACGGUUUCACCGCAACCACACCCACUAUCUGCUACCAUAUGACUAAGCCUAGGAAUUUCCCCAAAACGGUGGUGGCCGCCACCAUCUUCAUCACAUUAUUAUAUUCAUCUGUAAUGGAGCUAGGAUACGUAGGUUAUGGUCAAUUUCUAACGACAGUCGAUACAAUUGUGGAUGCGAUUUCUCCACCUGGACAGACACUCGACGUAUUCGGGUGGCUCAUCAAUAUUACAAUUCUUGCAGUCAUGUUGCCGCACUAUCUGGUCCUAUUCACACCGACAGCCAAACAAAUCGACGCAAUGUGUUCCCACAUCGGUGAAAGGAAGGGGUGGUCUGUUGGUCGGUGCACACUUGCGGCGCUUAUUUGUCGUACUAUCCUUGUAAUCCUCGAAGGAGGCCUCGCCAUUGUGAUUCCCAAGGUCAGCAGUAUUGUGAGUCUUAUAGGUGCUUUUUGUGUGACCCAGAUCACAACUCUUUUUCCGAUAGCCUGUUACAUGAAGGCAAAGAGGCAGCACCAACUACCUUGGCCUAUAUGGGAGAUACUCCUCCACUCCUUGUUCGCUAUGGUUGCCUUUGUUGUGAUGGGAAUUGGGAUCUAUGGUGCUAUUAUUAACUUCUGAGAGUCCACGGGCGAGAGGCAUAGGUCAUGAUUUCAUUGUUCUAGAUGAAGGCUCCCACUAUCGAACUGUUUAGCUGACGCCUCACUCGUUCAGACGAAUUCACCAUUCCUUCACUGAGGAAUUAUGCUACGCUUAUGAAGCUUUCAUUGGGUCGAUGCUGUUGUAUACAGACAUAUCGGAGAUGAGCUCCCUUACGAUCGCAUCGCUUCCAGAAUUGUGAUAGUUUGUAUGAAGCGAUUGGGUAUCGUAGUUCUUUGUAACUCAUGUUCUUCGGGGA